GAAAAAAGCUAAAUUCUUAAUACAAAGCAAACAAGAGUCAGUGCUGGAAGAAAAACAAAAAUAUUUAUUCAAAAUUGGGCACAGCAAAAAUUAAAAUUAAGCUGGCAUUGCUAUGUGGAAGUGGAAGUUCUUGCUUCGGUUGGGGAAGACAUUUAAUCGCUGAGUGAUGUGGGUGUAUUCCGCGGCGUGGAUGUGAAAGUUUUUUGUGUAAACUACAGUUAAUUGGGGAAAAAAGAAUGGUUUAAGACAAAAGCAAACGCAAUUUGUAGCUAAUUGCUGAAGCGUAACUACAAGUACGGAGCGCGCAUCCAACGUUCGUGUGCCAAAUCUACCGCAACAUAAGCUAUCAAUCAGUCAUACGUACACAUAGUCACUCAGUUAGUCGGAUAGUCAAUCAACAGAAAAAUAUAAAAACUAAAUUAAAUAAAUAAAAACACCCCAGCACUUGCAAAUCUAUUAGCGGCAACAUGCAAUACAACAACAAAUCAUCAAUGUAGCAACUCAAGAGCAUUAAUAACCUUUGCGAUUGCUCAUUUUUGUAUAAAAAUAACAACAAGCAAAAAUUCAUUAAAAAUAUUUUAAAAGAAAAACACCAAAGGAUAAAUGUUUUAAAAAAACACUUGCGAAAGAAAAGUUUUUGACUUUCACUGCAAAAAGUUGAAAAUCAUCCAAUAGAAAAAUGCACCAAAAAUCUAUUAAAAAUCAAAAUACAAAUAAAAAAACUGUGAAAAUGCUAUUGGUAGCCGGCAAUACAGUACAACAGCGUAAUAGCAUUAUAACAACAACAAUAACAAAUAGAAAAACAACACGAACAACUAACAUAUGUUGCCAUAUAUCCAGCUGGAGUGCGCUUUUUGUGCUUUCGGUGUUGAGCAUCUUCGCCAGCCAACACCUACCGGCGGCUCAAGCCUUCGAUUUGGGCAAUGAAUUGAAUCUCAAACCGACAAAUUAUGCUGAGUGGAAUGAAAAUGUCACGUAUGUCAGCUCGACAAGCUAUAAUGCGCGUGGCAUGCAGCCGCUCUAUGAGAUAACACAUAAAAUUAUAUGGUUCUUUACUGGUAAAGAUCCACUGCCAGAAGGCUACCUCGUGGUCAAGGAAAACGACAUCGAAAUUGGUCCGAAAGUUGAACGCCAUGAAUGGAUUGAUUUCAUUAAAGAUUAUUGGAAAAUAUGGCUAAUUGUUCUAUUUGUCGGUCUACUAAUUGUCACAAUGCCAGUUGUUGGUCUGUGCUUUUGUUGCUGCCGUUGUGCUGGUGCUUGUGGUGGCCGCUCGGAGCCGUUUGACAAGAAACAUGACACCUGUCGCCGUGUGUUCUUGGGAUUUUUGCUUAUAGUAUUAGCAACAGGUUUGAUCUUCGGUGUCAUCGUCACAUUUGCAACAAACAGUUAUAUGCAACAGGGUAUUGAGAAUAGCACAAAUCGUGUACGUGAUGCCAGCAAUGAUACCUGCAAAUUUCUGCAAACCACAUCGGGACAAAUCGAUCACAUACUCGUAACGAACUAUAAACAAUUAUCCAUACAGCUGGAAAACAUUAUGCGCGAAACCUCAAGUUUCAUCAUAAAAGAGUUGGAGCAAAAGUCCAUGGCCGUUUCGUUGAUUUAUCUCACAGACUUUCUUGAAAAACUGCCGCAGCUUAAAAUAAAGUUACAGAAAAUGAAAAGCAUCACUAAUGAUUUGCGCGUUUAUGCAUCACAGUUGAGCGAUGGGUUGCGGGGCGUUAAGCGUGAGUUGUUAGUUAUGCUUACGAAAUGCAACAAUAAGGCAUGUCAGGAUGUUUUAAACAAAUAUGAAAUCGGCAAGCUUGAUGCUAACGGUAUACACUAUGAUCAGCUACCUGAUGUAACCGACAUCAUUGAUAAUUUGGAUAGUUUGAUUAGUAAGGACAUAGCCUCGGCUGGUAAACGUGGACGUGAUAUGCUUAAUCAAAUGCGCGCACAUCUCAAUACGACAAUUGCGAAAUAUACACCAAAAGUGAUUGAUUCAAUAAACAAAGCAGGAAAUGCUUUCAAAAAGGCCUCAGAUAGCAUCAAAAUGGAAAUUAACAAAGUUUCACAGGUUAUCAAAGAUAAUACUCACAAAUAUACCGGUGUUGCUGAUGGUUAUUUAAAUGAAUAUGGACCGUAUAGAUUUCAUUUCGGCAUAGCAGUAUGUUCGAUAUUAUUGACGAUUUUAGUUUUCGUUGUUGCUGCUUUGUUAUGCGGUAUAUGUGGCAAACGCCCGGACGGUUAUGGCGACGAUUGCUGCAAUAAAGGCUCCGGCUCACGUUUCCUGAUGCUCGCUGUAACAUUUAUUUUCCUGUUUAUCUCAGCGAUUGCUUUAAUCACUUUGGUGCACUUUUUGAUCGGUCUAAUCGCCUAUCGUGGCGUAUGUCUUCCAUUAAAGGACCCUCAAAACGACAAUAUUUUCGCACAUUUUGAUAACGCUAUUAAUUUGAAUAACGUGCUUUAUCCGCAACAAAAUAAGGGCAAACCAACCUCAGGUGGCUUACCAGCUCUACGCAUUUCCCAUGUGAUCACAGCUUGUCAACGGAAUCAGACAAUUUACGAAGUGUUACACAUACAUAAUCGUAUUGAUAUACACGAAAUUAAAGAUUAUCCAGCACAAUAUAAAAUCAAUCAGACAUUGGAUGAUCUCGUUGAUGGCAUUUCCUUUGACGAUAGUGACAUACAAAUAUUGAGUCCUGAAGAUAAACAACGCAUAUUGAGUCUUGCCGAUUCUGCAUUGAAAAAUUUCGAUUCCGCACAAUAUAUAGAUAAUCUCAACGAUACGAUAACAAAACAUUCGUUAACUGAAAUUGCUCAAGAGUUAUUGCAGACAGCGAAGAAAAUCGAUAAGAGUGAAGAUAUGAAAGAUGUACAGGUCAGUCUGCGUAAUCAAGCACUGCACUUGGAGACUUACGAACAGAAUUGGGUAAUACCAAUGAAAAAUAAAUCUGUGGAACUUAUACGCCUUGCAAAUGAUUUGGAUUACAGUCUGCGCUAUAAGGAUCGUCCAUUCCAUGAAUCCAUACCGUUGUUGGUCAAUGAAAUUGAGCGUGCGCAAUUGUUCUUCCGCGUCGAUGGUCGGCAAUUCGUUAAAGAUACAGCCAUCAAUUUGACACAGUAUUUUGCCAGCGAAAUUGAAAACUAUUUGCGUAUGGUUGUGCAGGCUGUAGAGAAGAAAAUCGGUUUGUGUGCGCCAUUGGCGAAUGUCUACGAUGCUGGCGUGGUGUCGUUGUGUAGCGCUAUUGUAGAUCCAUUGAAUGGUUUCUGGGCUGGUGCCGCUCUUUGUAUUGUGCUCUUCUUGCCAACGCUGGUGGUAGCCGUGAAAUUGGCUAGCUUAUACCAGAAAUCUGAUCCAUAUCCUGGUCCGCUGGUGGAAUCGGAGUAUUUGUAUGACGCAUAUAGUGAACGUGAUCACAUUCCAUUGGCAAAUGGUCCAAAGAACAAGCGACGAAAGAAUAAAGAUCGUAGACGCGGUCGUGAAUACUACGAGGAACCUGUUCCCUCCUCGGCGCAUGGUAUACCACCAACUGUGGGUGUGCGUGAUACGCGUUACAACGAUAUGGCACCCAAACAUUGGGAUGGCGGCCCACCGAGAUACCAAAAUCCACCAAUGGCACCACCUGCAUCCGAAUAUGAACGCCCACCGCCAUAUUAUUAUCCGGGUGCUACGGAGCAAGACUAAGUAAUACAGAUUGAGAUACAUUUUUAAAGUGUCACUAGCAAAAAAUUAAUAAAAAUAAAAACAACAACAAACAUCGGCGCCAUAAACAAGAAUUACAAUGAAAAAACUAACUGGAAAAUUUUCUAACAACUACGACAACAGUGACGAAAGAAUUCGUAUGACAGCAAUUGGGAAACACAAGUAAUGCCUGCGAUAAUGCAGCAGGAGAAGGCGACGGCAUGAGUGGGCGCCAAAAUCGCUGUUCAUCAUUAUCACGGUCAGCAGCAGCAGCAGCACACCAACCAAUAAUGUGUGGCUUAGCAGUUUGCGGCACAAACCAGACGGUGCGCAGUGCGUGUGUCUAAAAUUUAUUGUUAGCCUAUUUAGAAAAAAAAAAACGAUUUUUUUAAGUUUUCUUUUUAUGUAAUUUUAAAAACUUUAAGAAUUCAAAUGAAUUUAAAUUGCUACACACAGGCAGACACAAGAGUUUUUUUUCUGCUCUCAAAAAGUAAAUAUUUAUAAACAAACAAUCAAAAGAACGAAGCAUUAGCGACUAAUAAAAAUUCAAAAGCAAAAUAUAUAAACAAUUUCUUGAUUGCACAUAAAAAUAAUGUUGGUUUCAUAAACCGAAAAGAGCGUGUGGUACAUAUGAUUCAAAGGAAUUCUACAUAUAUAUAAACUACAUAAAAAGGAAAACGAAAAUAAAACACAGCCAUUUAUGCAUUUUCAUUCCAACGGCCUCCCAAAAAAAAAAAAGCAAACACAUCCAUUCAUAUACACAUACAUAUAUACGUGUAGUAGAUGCUCGAAAAUUGUUUCGAUAAUCUCAAGUAUUUUAGUUAGUUUUAUAUUGAAGUGUUAUUCGAAGAAAAAGAAGAAAAUAAAAAUAAAUAUAUAUAAAUGUGUGUACAUGUAAAAUGAGACUGUAUUUGUUAGUUUUUGUAAACACUUUUUAAUGAGUUGAUGAGUUAUUCAUGUCUCAUUAACAAUAUAUAUAUAUUUAUGUAUGUAGGCACUCUCACACACCCAUAUGCAUACAUAAAUAUGCACUUUAUUUUUAAACCUGCCACGUUUCGUGUAUUUUUAGAAAUAAAUAAUAUUAAAAAAAAAACAAUAAAUUAAAAUUAAAAUUUAAUAUUGAAUUGAUUAUACAUUUAAUAUAAGCAUUUCUAAUCUGUAUGUGUGUACACCAUUUUCAAUUCAACGCAAAUGUUUGUUAGAUUUUAAAUAUUAUAUGAAUAUAUACAUAUAUAUUUAUGUAAACAUAAAUGCAUAAGCAAUUAAAAGAAUAAUAAUAAUUUGAAUUGUGAAAUUAACCAUUUUAAUGAAAUGAACGAAUUUUUUUUUUAAUUUUUAAAACCAAAUGAUUUUUUCACUUUGAUAUUUACAAAAUAAUUCUUAUAAGCGUUAUAAGUAAUGAGUUACUCGUUAUGUUGAGACCUUUUUUUUUUUAAAGAAAAAACUUCUUUUAUAACUUUAUUGUUCUCACCAAAAAAAAAAGGGCGACAAGUUGAAAGGUGUAAACUUGUCACAAAUAUUGUAGUUUCGUAAGAAUUCAUAGUAAUAGGACAUAGAGUGACAUAUAAGGAAGGCGUUAGAGUGAGUGAUAGGAACACAGAGAGAGAGAAAGAGAGAGAGCGGGAGCAGGCAGAGACGACGACAGUAUGGUUAACACGUUUUUGUAGCAGCCGAUAAGCAAUAAAUUGGCAACGUAGCAAGUAAAUAUAAAAAAAAAAUAAAUAAAUUUAUAAUUAAAAUUGCGCUCGCUUGUGAAGAUCGAGGCAAGCAUACAAAGAUUUAUAGAUAAAAUAAUAAAAUGAAGCGAUUUAAGAAACACAGAGAUAGUAAAAGUUUAAAUAUUGAUAAAAAAUAAGUAAUUUCUUUGACACUGUUUUCCACAAAAAAUUAAAAAAAAAUACAUUAAUCCAAAAACUUAAAAAACUUUUAUGAUUGCCACUGUAUGUUUAUCUAAUGCAGCUGCAAAUAAGUUAUAAUUAAAUAUAAUUAUAAAAUAUAUGUAAAGAAAUGCAUUUUUAUUGUAUACAGUAAGUGUGAAACUACCCAAGCGUGCUGCAGAGUUGAAAAAUUUUAAUAAAAAAAUUAAAAAGGAAAAAAUAGUCGAAAGUGUCUUCGCAAAUCAUAUAAUUGAGAAAUUGUUAGUAAAAGUCAGGCAAAUGAAAACAACUUUCAUAAAUGGGUGUUAAUAUACAUAUUAUACACUCUCUUCAUUACCAUUUUAGUGUUGAAACUAUUAACUUAUUUGAAAUAAAAAUAAAUGUUAUACUUUCAAAAUUUUACAAAUUUC